UUUUGUUAUCCAAGAAUAUGGUGCAUCAUAAUGCAGUUCAAUCGGGACAAUGCUGCUACGAGAAGAAAGCAGGGUCAGAAACGAAUUCACAAUACCGUCAAAGGAGAUGAUCUGUCCCUGGGGCGAGAUAAUGAUUCACCGCGUAGGAUGCAAGUCCAAGAGAUGAAUGCGGAAAAAAUCGCUGUCUCAACUCAAUACUGCGACCCCAGUGAAACAAUUUCUAGGCUCAAUAAUGUAUAUACACCGGAAGCUCAAAAUGAUUUAAAAGAUACUCCGUACAUUAGUAAAAGGCAACGACAAGAUUAUAUCGUCGUGCAUCCUACAGAAAUUAUCGAGAUCAAAAAUGAGUCAAACUUGUCGACUACUGAAGUCCAAUCAAAUAAGGAACCUAGCAAUGUUUCAACUAAUGAUUCUGAGCAUGAAGUUCAACUUGAUCGUGUUGAAAUACAAACAAGAAGUGAAGAGGAAGCAAAUAUCUAUGAAGCGAGGAAGGAGUCACAACAUCUUUCUCCUCGUGAUGACCCUGGAUCAUUGGAUGAGUUUAACCUGGAUGAACCAACUGAUUCGAUUGCAGAAAUCUCUUCUCUUGAAGCAUCUAAAGAUAUAGACCUCAAAGUUCAGUUUAAUCGACACAAUCUGACAACAUUGAAUAAAAUGAUUUCAUCGAAAAAACAAUUGGAAAUUUCUCAGAUGCAGGAAACGCCCCGAAAUGGAACUUUUUCUCACAAAGAAAAGGAUUAUAACGCUAAAAGAGAUGCGUUUCCAAACCACAAAGCCACCACGUCCGAAGAGGUACUUGAGCGCCAAGUGCAGUUUGACUCGAAUAACUCGUCAACACAAAGUAAAAUUCAUGGACGAAUGGGGUUCGAAGAAGAAAAGUUUCCAGGAUCUUUGCUGUCGGAGACGCCAGAAUUAAUAAGUUUUUUGGAAACUCAACAGCAAGAAAUCAACAAUCAGAAAGAUAAAACAUUGGCGACAAGUGUUCCAGGUACGGGUGAGUUUCAAUUUAACCGCCAUAAUUCAUCAACAAGAGCAAAACAGGGAAUUAAAACGAACGACGUUCAGUUCAACGCACAAAAUCGGGUACAAUCGACUGAAUCGCCGAAUUCACACCAAACUCAAGAGAAUAGGCUGGUAGUUGUUCAAAUUAACUACACAGAACUUAUUGGAAACACACAAGCGAAUGACAGUUUAGUUAAUUUCAACCAACACAACGCUUCAACUGAAAGAAAAAUGCGGCUCCAGAAGGAAAACAACGAUUCUGGAACAACAAAAAUAUGUGGUUCAACGAUUAUGAUUCCAAGCAAUGUGCAAAAUAAAGACGCGAACCAUUGGUCUAACGGAGAUUUGUAUUCAACUUCCAGUAGUACUAUAAGAACUGAUGAAAUUGAAAGAGAAUUCCGGCCCACUCCUGAUGCUUUCCUACAGAUGAACAAACAGAAGCAAAUCAGCAUUGAUAAUAAUGAGUUUGUAAUGGUGCAGAGGUCGGAAUAUGAUUACCAUGAUGAUCUGGAGCAAGUUUCCCUUACACGCAAAAUUACAGUAUCACAUGAGUUUGACAACCGCGAAAACUCGCUAACCGUACAAAAACGGCAUCCACGCGCUGAGCGUCGGACGGCGGUGAGCACAGAGCCUCAAAUAAUGAAAACUAAACAACGGCCGGAUGCCAUGAAUGUUAUAACGAAUCCUUCAGAAGCUCAUGUCCAACUGGCAGCAGAACUUUCAGCUGAAAAAAUCAAACAGGAUCAACUUAAGGCACGUAUGCGGAGAAGCGAUAAUUUAACCACUUCCAAUAAAACUGGAAUGCAACAACCGACGGGUCAACAUCAAUCAAACGAGGCUACCAGACCAACUUCCGGCAAGCCUAAUUACGGGAAUAGUUCAUCGAAGAAUGAUCAGGCUCAACAAAAAAGACCUGCCCGAGUUUCACAGUCUGGGGCACCAUCCAGAACGAUGAGUUGUUGCAACAUUUUGUAAACCUUUUUGAGGUAAAUGCAGUUUAUUCGACCGUGAUUAUGAUGAUUAAUGUGUUUAUCGGCUUUAUCCUAAUGAUGGCAAUGGAUUGUUUGCCAAUUUACAAUAAUAUUUAGAACGAACUUAUCUCCAAAAUUAUCGUUGUUUUAUU